UAACCACUAGUCCUUCUCUGUCUGGGAGUCUACUGCUGUUGUUUUUUGUUUUGUUUUUUACUGCUGUUUUGUUCCUUCUGUUUCGCUUUGUUUUUUAUUAGAGUCCCUAACUUUAACAGAUAAGAACAAAAAUUGCUUUCCCUUUUGUUCACAGUGGGACCUUGGGCAAGUAAUUUCACCACUCUGUGCCUCAGUUUACCCAUCUGUAUAAAGGGCACGGCAUGGUGCUUACCUCAUACAGUUACUGGGAAGGUACAUGAGAUCACAAAGCACAGAACAGUGAUGGCCGUUGGGUUUCCUGAUGAUAAUCAUUGUGAUAUAAAGCACCCUCUCCAGGAUGGGUGUCCCUGGGAACCGUGCCCCAAGCUGGGCACCCGGAGAGCAGCUGCCCCAACCCAUCCCCUUAUCGCAGCACAUCCUUUGCCAUGUUGGCAUGCACUUGCCUGAUGACAGCACAGUUCAGGCCCAGGAGGAAUGGGGCCUCCACGCAUUGUCAGGCCUUGUCCCUUUUCCAUGGAGAGCAGGCAGGCAGGGGACGGGGCCUCCGAUAACCUCUGGGGGAAGAUGGGACCAGCAGUGGGGGGAUAGGAGCCAUGGCUUGCCGGGAAAGAAGAGAGAGGAGGUGAGCAAAGGGGAGGUGAGGAGGCGGAGCCAGGGUCCAGAGGGCCCUGAGGAGGGCCUAGGCCUGCCCUACUGUGAAGAAGAGGGCCUGCAACCUUGGUCUCAGCCCUCUCCUUCCUCUCUGCUGGUCCACAAGGGUCCCUGUGGGUGGAAGUUGUGCCCCAAAUGUGGCCUGGCCAGAGGACAGAGCCUUCCUGUGAACUGGAAAAAAGUCCUUCAACUCCAAAUGAACACAGCAUGCUGGGGAGUUGAGUUGGCUGGAUUUCAGCUGCAUUUCAGCCACCACGUGCCUUCUUAGCUGGAUACCCUUGCGCAGUGAGCAGCCUGUACAACUGCACAUGGUGGUCAUGGAUCCCACUCAGUGUACCUGGACUGCGGGAUGCCUCCCACUCACUGGUGUGAACCCAUAGGUGGUGGUUGUGGUUACUGAUGUGCCACUGGUUAGACACAAGCCAGAGCUGAGAGAAGGAGACCCAAUACAGUGGCUGGGCAGAGACACGGAUGCACAAAAGCGAGACCCCUGCAGAUGUCAAGGUGAUUGAUGGGGAGAGAGCAGCCUACUGGUUUGGACCAAGCCCUGCCACCUGAAGAUCUAGCUCUGUGACAGGCUCAGCUGGGCCAUCUGUGCUGCCCCACCCCCCACCAUUCCAGCCUUUGCCACACUGAGGACACAUCCACCCCUGUCUUGGCAGCUGGAUCACAGGCAGGCACCCAGGUUACUCCCUGGCCUCCUCACCCCACUUUCUAUGGGCAUCAGAGGAUGUCCUGGGCACCUUCCCAGUGGUCUCCCCAUCCUCACUGAACACCAAGGCUCAGAACCCUCUGUAGAGGGUCACUUAUGGAUGUUUGGAGCGUCCCCUCUGCCCACCUGGCAUCCUCUUUGCAUAAAACAGAAGCGGCAGGUAGCAUCAAGACAGUUCACGAGCUCGCAGUGAGGUGUAUUCCAGGAAAGUAUUUGUCGUCUUUGCCGUCACCAGUGACUGCCCGGAUGAGACCAGAACCACACAGGUCAUGAGGGACUCAGGGACCUUGUCUGGAAAUGUGGGAGGAGGGCAGGCCCACUGUCCCCAGCCAGCCCUGGCCCUAGCGAGCAACCCAUCCUGGAGAAGCUGCCUCCUGACCCUCUUCUCGGCCUCUCAGCCUCUGUCCAUUUUCCCAUGCAAGGCUCUGCCCUGACCUACCCUGUAAUUUUGGUUCACGGCUCUGAGAGCAGCUUGGAUGACUGGGACAUGGAGGACGCUGUGUCAGGCAUGGGUAGGGUGGCAUCAACUCCCCAUACACACUCGGAGAGAUGGGUGAACCAAGAGGCUGGACCAGACAACAAAAGGCCGCCAUCUGGUGCCACUGCCCCAGGCCUGGUCCUCUCUUGAGGUCCGCCCAGGUCCCACGGGGAACAAGCCCUCUCAGCAACAGAAGGUGGAGGCUGAGCCCUGCUCAGUGGGGCCCACAGGUCUGUGUCCCUGGUCGGAGGCGAAGGGCAGCCACCCUCGCCCAUCAGCCCCUGCUCCCCCCUCCAGCCACACAGCCCUCACCCACUGCCAGCCCCACUCCCAUGUGGAUCCUCGCCACUUCCUGCCAGUACAGGGAAGCCUUCGUGGGGGUCAGAAAAGGCACCUUUGCUGCUCCAAGGCUGCCUGGCUGGACGUCAGACCCCACUGUCCACCACAGCCCGGUGCCUACUGUCUGGGUGGCCCUGGCCUGUCCGGCACCAUCCUACCCUCCCUGCCCCUACCCGCAAGCCUCAGCCUGGAAGGGCCUGGCUCAGGGGUGAGUCUUGGUCCACCUCCAUGGAGCUGGAGUCUCAGAGUCGGCGCAGAUGGGCAAGCACCGUCUGGCCAGGGUCACUGGAUUCCAAGAACCCAGACGUGGACGAAUGUCAGCUGAAACCCAGGGUCUGCAGAAGCCGCGGAAUCUGCAUCAACAGCCAGGGCAGCUACUCCUGCCAAUGCCCGCCUGGCUUGGAGCUCAGUCCGGAGGACCCGAGGCUGUGCACAGAUGUGAAUGAAUGUACCUCAGGGCAAAACCCAUGCCACGACUCCACCCACUGUUUCAACAUCGUUGGGAGCUAUGAGUGCCGCUGCCGCCCUGGCUGGAAGCCAGUUCCUGGGUCCCCCCAUGGCCCAAACACCACCAUCUGCGAAGAUAUGGACGAGUGCAUCGCCGGGCAGCAUAAGUGCCACAACUCCACCAUCUGUGCCAACACUGUGGGCUCAUACACGUGCCACUGCCGCCGAGGCUGGCAGCCCAAACCUGGAUUCCAAAACAAGCAAACGAACACCACCUGUGAAGAGAUGUCCUUCCCCGCCUGGACCAUGCCCUCUGGUAUCAAGAGCGAGCGUCUCUCUCGUUUCUUUAAAGAAGUCCAGGAUCUCAGCAGAGACUUCACGGUAGCUUUGGCCAAGAACACCAUCAAGAAACUCAUCGGGUCAGUGGACAAGCUGAUGGAAGUCCCUGGGGACAUGGAGGCCCUCGUCCUGUCUGAUCGGCACCAUGCUGCCACUCACCUGCUCUCGGGCCUUGAACAAGUCCUGAGGACCCUGGCCAAGGCCAUGCCUGGAGACUCUUUCACCUACCGGUCCCUUUCAGACACAGAGCUGUCCCUGAUGAUAAAGGAUCAAGGGAAAGGCAACCUCACCAUGGGCCAGAGGCAUGCCCGGAUGCAGAUGGCCUGGGCCAUGGCAGCUGCAGCCAAUGACUCAGACCCCACGGUGGUGGGCAUCCUCUCCAGCCAGAACAUGCAGAAAUUGCUGGCCAACGCCUCCUUGGAGCUAGACCCCAAGAAGCAAGUCCAGCUGGAGGAGACCCACCAGAGUCCCGUCCAUGGUGCCCAGCUCAGGCUCCUCUCUGCUGUCAACUCGGUCUUUCUGAGCAACACAAACACAAGCAAACUCAACUCACCCAUCACCUUCGCCUUCUCCCACCUUCCUCACCUACAGCAAGAGACACUGGGGCCACGGCAGGAGCUGAUCUGUGCCUUCUGGAAGAGUAACAACGACAGAGGCGGCCACUGGGCCACCACGGGCUGCCAGACACUUGGCACCCAGAACGGCAGCACCACCUGCCAGUGCAGUCAUCUAAGCAGCUUUGCCAUCCUCAUGGCACACUACAAUGUGCAGGACCCGAAGCUGGCCCUGAUCACCAAGGUAGGACUGGCGCUGUCGCUGGUGUGCCUGCUGCUGUGUAUUCUCACCUUCCUGCUGGUACGGCCCAUCCAGGGCUCACGCACCACCGUGCACCUGCACCUCUGCAUCUGCCUCUUCGUGGGCUCUGCCAUCUUCCUGGCGGGCAUCGAGAACGAAGGCGGUCAGGUGGGGCUGCGGUGCCGCCUGGUGGCCGGGCUGCUGCACUAUUGCUUCCUGGCCGCCUUUUGCUGGAUGAGCCUGGAGGGCGUGGAGCUCUACUUCCUCGUGGUGCGCGUGUUCCAGGGCCAAGGCCCGAGCAAGCUCUGGCUCUUCCUCAUCGGCUACGGCGUGCCCCUGCUCAUCGUGGCUGUCUCCGCGGCCGUCAACAGCCAGGGCUACGGCCGCGUCCUCUACUGCUGGUUGGACCCAGACCGUGGCUUCCUCUGGAGCUUCCUGGGACCUGUGACCUUCAUCGUUUUGUGCAAUGCUGUCAUCUUUGUGACAACUGUCUGGAAGCUUACUCAGAAGUUCUCUGAGAUCAACCCAGACAUGAAGAAAUUAAAGAAGGCCAGGGUGCUGACCAUCACCGCCAUCGCCCAGCUCUUUGUGCUGGGCUGCACCUGGGUCUUCGGCCUGUUCCUCUUUGACCCGCACAGCUGGGUACUGUCCUACACCUUCACCAUCCUCAACUGCCUGCAGGGCCUCUUCCUCUUCGUGCUACAUUGCCUGCUCAACAAGAAGGUAAGGGAGGAAUACUGGAAGUGGGCCUCCAGGGUCACCGGGAACAAGUAUUCAGAGUUUGCCACAUCCACAUCUGGCACCAGUCACCAGACUCGGACCCUGAGGCCCUCAGAGUCUGGCAUGUAACGGAGAGGUUCUGGCCAUGCUGGCAGCACCCAUGGCCUCUGCAGCUUUUGCACGUGCUGAAGACUGUCUCCUCUCCCACCACUCUGCUCCUUCUGCCUAACUGCCUCAGCGGUGUGCGAGACGGAGAGAGGGUGACAGCUACGGCCUGGUACUGACCCAGGACGCUGAGCCGGGGUGGAGUUGGACCUGCUGGGCCUGCUUCUGGCUGCCUCUCGGUUCCACCCAAGCUGGGACCCAGGGUGGAGGAGAAGCUGGCCUGGGGCUGAGCCCCUUGCCCUGGUACACGAGGCCUGGACAGACUAAGGGCUUAUUGCUCACUUGGACCAAUUUCCACAUUAAGCUAAGACUGAGGUCUGGGGUGGGCGGAGGACAGAGCCCCUCCAAGUCCCACACUGCCUGUGGCUCAUGGUACAGAGGCCUCUCUGCCCUGGGGACAGAGGGUUCUCACUGUUUUGAUGGGUGUGGAUGUUGUGUAAUGUUUUUUUAUCUGUAUAAACCUUUCGAUGUUGACACUUAAAAUUAAAUAUCACACUGAUACAGAAGGUGGCUAGCUGGCUGGGGGCUCACUGGUCAUUCCCCUUGUGUCUGUGAAAUGCCGAAGGGCAACUAAGAAACAGGUGGGAUGGGAGCCAGGCUUCCAUAACAAACAUUUAUUCUUACAUAAAUCUACAGCUUUUGAACAAUAAAAAGGUCCACUGUUGCCUAGAAAA